AAAUGUCAUUUUUCUGUUACGUCAAUAUGUCAGAUACUUUUUAAUUACUUCAUUUAAUUUAUUUAUUUAAUAUACCAGUUUACUUUGAUUACUUUACAUAUUUUAUUUCAAUAACUUGAUUUUGUUUUCCUUUUUUCCUUAAUCAUAAUUUAAUAUUGGAAGUAUUUUCUAUUUCCAAUGGUAUCAUAAGUUAUACAAAUAGUAAUUUAAUUAGUUAUAUUGAUUAUAAAAAUGUCCAAUAAUCAAGACGAAAUUAUUGAAAGGUCCCAUGUAAAAAAUUUACCGUAUGCGGAAUAUCGAAAUGCAUUAAAUUUUAAUAAGGAUCAAUGUGAAAUUAUCGCUAAGUUGGCAAAUAUGAAAAUAUCAUUCAAUGAAACAAGUAAACCUGGAGAAUUGUUAAUGAAAAUGUUAUACAGAGGAGGAUGUACUGUACAGAACUUUAGAAGAUUAAAAGAAGCUGCAGAAAAUGUUCAAUCAAUACUAAAAUACUAUAUACCUCAGUCAAAAGUUGCCAUACUCAUAGGAAAUGAUAAAUAUGUAAAUUUAGCAAAAUUGGCAACACCAUCCAUAGAUUGUGAUUCUCUAUCUUCAAACCUGAAGAACUUAGGAUUUGUUGUUGUGACAAUAAAAAACACAGCUAGCAGUGAUUUAAGAGAAAUAUUAUCUAAAAUAUUUAGCUACAUCCCAGAGGAUUCAUAUUGUUUCAUUUUCUACGCUGGACAUGGCUGUGAAUUAGUAAAUACAAAAUGUAUGUUGGGAAUUGACUGCCCCACAGAAGAUAUAAAGUUAGAACACUGUGUUACUGAGAAUUUUGUUUUAGAGCAAGUGUAUAAGUGCAAACCGGAUCUUUGUGUUUUAAUUAUGGAUAUGUGUAGGAUAAACUUAGAUAGGAAUGCAAAUCCACAGAUCUAUUCAUCUAUAUGUACAGUAGAAUCCUACAAUGUACAUAAAAAUCUAUUAAUAGGAUACUCUACUCAGUCAUCAAAAGCUGCAUAUGAAGUGUUACAGAUAGAAUGCUCUACCACUAUUAAUGAUACUUACGAGCUAAAGACAGGCGAUUCAGCAAGGAUUGUGCCCGGUGGUAGUCAAUAUGUAAAUGCCUUAUGCACAAGAUUAGGAGACAAUCUUGAUAUUAGUAGUUUGUUGGAUGCAGUACAUAGAGAUGUUGAACAUUCUAUGAAGAAACAAAAACCAAUAAAAGUUCAAUGGGGUGUUGAGAAGAGAUCAUUGUAUGAUUCAACCGCAGGUGACGAAACUAGUGUUUUAAAUGCAUUAAAAGAUUUUUCAAAACAUUACAAGGAUUAUUGCCAUGCUUUUUAAAAUUUUAUUUUUAUUAACGUGUAUGUUGCAUUUAUUUAAUUUUAUUUGAAUUACUAAAAAAAUACUAAGAAAGUCAGCAACGCGCACGUGACACCCCUCGUGUUGCAGGCAUUUACCAUCAGACUGUCUGUAUGCUUGUUUGCCCACUUUGUGGUAUAAAAAAAUUACAAUAAUGAGUAUAUACUGUGAUAAAAUACUGCAAGUUCCAAAAUGUUUAUACAAGAAUAUGAAUAAGCAAUAAAUUCAAUAAAAAAAAAUUAUUUUUAACAAUUAAA